AUGGCUGGUUAUGUGACUGUUAAUCGUCUUUCACGGAUACAAGUAUCUAGUGAAGAUCGUAAACAACAAGCUCAUUUAAAAAAAAUUGGUGAAAUGCAACGUCGUAGCGGUUUAGAUACGACUACACCCGCAGAUUAUCCACAUCUUACACAACAUUUUAAUAAACAAUCAAAAGAAAAAAAUAAACAAAUUGCAAAAGAAAAUGAUUUUAAAUUACGUAAAUUACUUAGUAUUAUGCAAUCGAAAACAGCUCAUCCACCACCUAAAUCAACAAAUUCCAAUCCUCCUCGUCAACAAUCAUUACGUUCAUCACAAAAUAAUACUAAUACGGAUUAUCGAGAUAGAAUUGCAAAUACAAAAAGUACUUAUAAUGUACGUGAAUGGAAUAAAGAUUUCGAAGAACACAAAGAACAUUUGAGAAUCUGUAAAAGUAAUAAAUUAUUUACACCAUGCGAUAUAGCUGUUAAUAAGAAUAAUAAUAAUCAUCAACAACGAGAUCAUGCAACAGGUAAUAAUAAUAACAGAAGAGCAUCUUUAUCAUCGACAUUUAAUAUCGAACGUCAAUCAAACGUACAGAAUUAA